AAUAUUUUCCUUUAUUAUCAAUCUAUGGUAUCAGAUAUUGAGGUAAAAUAAAAGAAGGCGUUUCCCUUGGAAGGGUGAUGAUAUCGUAUGAUAACAUUCAUAUUGCACAGAGAAACAGAGACCAGGGAGGAGUGAAGAAGAAUGGAAGAGAAGAGAAAGUGGAAGCAUAGAAAAUCAUCCACUUCUUCUUCAAUUCCAAAUUCAAAUUCUUCUUCCAUACACAAUCUUGAUGAUGGUUGUCUCAUGCACAUCUUCAGCUUCUUAUCCCCUAUUCCAGAUCGGUAUAACACCGCCCUCGUUUGCCACAGAUGGCAUUACCUGGCAUGUCACCCACGUCUAUGGCUGCGAGUAGAUCGGUCUGUCAAAGAUUCAUCUGAGCCUGGAGUUUUCCCAAGCAUUGAAAUGGCUGUUUCUGCUGCUAGGCCUGGCGAUACCAUUCUUAUUGCAGCAGGUGGGAGUCAUCUGGCCUCUAAUAUUCAGAUAAAAAAGCCCCUUUGCCUGAUUGGUGGAGGUGAGCUGCCAGAUGAUACCACCCUCCUCUGUUCUCGGGGUUCAGACAGUGCACUGGAGUUCCUGUCCACCUGCAAAGUAGCAAACUUAACGGUGAAGGCCGAGCUUGGUUGCUGCUUGCUGCAUAGGAGCGGAAGGCUGACUAUAGAUGGGUGCAUACUUCAGUGUGAGUCAAACCCCUUGGACUAUUUAUCAUGCCCAAUUGUGAGUACAGCAGCUGGCCCUGAGAUACUAACUUCAUCUGUGAAGAGUCAUGGUGAUAGUGUUUCUGUUUCUCGAACUCGGAUUGAAGGAGGUGCAAAGGCUGUUGUGACAAGUGGAUCUCUGGCAUUGCAACGAGUCCGAGUCAUUUAUGCUCGAACUUCUAUCUUUUUCUGGUUUGAUGUGGAUCGUAGAUGAUUAUUAAUAUUUGUCCUAAAAUUGUAGAGUUGUGAACUACCUAGACCAAUUUACCUGUGUUUCUUCUUGUUAAUGUUGUAUUGGUUCUCUCAUGGUUGAAAAUUUAUGGAUUUUUAUGAGUUUAUAAGCAUGGAUCCAAGUGAUUAUCACUGCAAA